CUAGUGCCUACUCGAACGAGGACGUGCGAGGCGAUCGAGUAGGUUGAGUAGGUUGGCAAUAUCUCGGGCGGAGCUUGGGUUUUCAGUUUGUUUUGUUCUGCUUUCAUUAGCAAAAUGAUAGAUGUUAUAGAUUUGUGUAAAUAUAAGAAUUAUUUGCUUGUACACUUGAAUUAACAACAAUUUACGAGAGUGUCAAUAUUGACAAGCAGGUCAAAAUGUCUAAACGAGCGGCAGAUGACGGUGGUAAUGGCAGCAGCCAGCCUCCAAUCAAGAAAGUUCACUUUGAACCCCAUCUUAUUGGCCCUGUGUCCACCCUAGAGGAAAUGGACAUAAAGGUUCUCCAGUUUCAGAACAAGAAAUUGGCUCAGAGGAUAGAGCAGCGCCACAGAUGUGAGGCAGAACUUCGUGCUAGGAUUGAACAACUAGAAAAACGUCAGACACAGGAUGAUGCCGUACUCUGUGUUGUAAAUCGGUAUUGGAAUCUCCUCAAUGAAGACAUCAGAGUGUUACUACAACGUUUUGAUGCAGAAACUGCAGAUGAAUCUGAAAAUAAAAAUGAGAAUGAAGCGACCACUUCAUUCCUCAUGCAGUUGUCUACAUGGGACAAGGAGGAGUUGGAUGCUCAGCUGGCAAAUCGGGUACAAGUGAGCAAGCGUGCGGUCGCGAAGGUACUGCAAGCCUUCGACCGACUGCAGCAGAGAAAUGAUAAGAUCUGGCGAGCCAUCAAGGGGGAGAGUGAAGAAUCUGCUCCAGCCCCAUCAUUAGACGAUGUGAUACGCGCCACCAACGAGGAAGUGACAGUUGAGAACCGACGCCUACAAGCGCUAUGCACGACGUUGCAUGAGAGUCAUCACGCCAUGACUCUGAGGGUGGCACAGCUACAGGAUGCUGUCAACAGCAGAGACACUGAGAAUGCCGAACUGAAGAACCAGAUUGAUGAUCUACAGUAUGAAUUAAUGAAGGUACGUUCCCGGAACGAUAAGUUGGAGAAUCACCUGGCAGAGGCUAUCGAGAAGUUGAAGAGUUACCACCAGUCAGGCGCGAGCGCGGUGGCGCCGGUGGCGGCGGGGGCGAGCUCGGCGGGCGCGGCGGCGGGCGCCGUGGCGGCGGCCAAGCUGGAGGACAUCGCCGCCGAGCUCGAGGAGCAGCGCGAGCUCGCCAACAACCGCCUCGCCGAGCUCGACCGACUGCAUCGCCAGCAUCGAGACACGCUCAAAGAGGUCGAGAAGCUCAAGAUGGAUAUACGCCAGCUUCCGGAGUCAGUUAUUGUGGAGACGACGGAAUACAAGUGUCUACAGAGCCAGUUCUCAGUGCUGUACAAUGAGUCCAUGCAGAUGAAGACCGCACUGGACGAGACACGCAUGCAACUGCAGAACGCUAAGAACUUACACAUGCGGCAGAUUGAGAUGAUGGAGAGUGAAGAAUUAUCUAGGCAAAAGACAUUAAGAGCUGAAAUGAUACAAUUAGAAGAUGUCCUCGGUCAGUUGAGGAAAGAAUACGAGAUGUUACGUAUUGAGUUCGAGCAGAAUCUAGCGGCGAACGAGCAGACUGGACCCAUUAACCGGGAGAUGAGGCAUCUCAUCACGUCGCUACAGAAUCACAACCAACAGCUCAAAGGCGAGGUGCAUCGGUAUAAGAGGAAGUACAAGGAUACUAGUCAGGAGUUGAAUAAGGUGCGGAAGGAGUUAGAGGAAGCGGGUUCCCGAGUCUCUAUUGGGGGAGACACCGCUGACGAGAAACCCCAUGCACUCAAGAAGGAGGAACCUGAUCCAGAGGGUGAAGAAGGUGGCAGUGGCGGCGGGGAGACCAAGCCGGCCGCCAGCAAGGAACACAGCCGCGCCAAGCUACAGGAACAGGACCUCAUCAUCAAAGAUCUCAAACUACAACUCAAGAAGGCGGUAAACGAGCAGAAGGAGUUGAAAUUACUUCUGGACAUGUACAAGGGAGUCAGUAAGGAGCAGCGCGACAAGGUGCAGCUCAUGGCGGCCGAGAGGAAGGCGCGCCAGGAACUAGAGGACCAUCGACAGAAGGCCAAGAUGGCGCAGGAGAGUAAGCGGGAACGUAGACUGGCAGACGAAGACGCGCUACGCAAGAUCAAACAACUAGAGGAACAGAAAUACGAGCUGCAGAAACAACUGUCUUGUGCCAGACCCAACGCGGAUCCAUUGCACGCUUUCACACGACCAUUCGCUGGAUCACCGUACUUUUCCAAUGCGCAGGAGGAGGAAGCUCUCCUCAACGAGAUGGAAGUAACGGGGCAGGCGUUCGAAGACAUGCAGGAACAGAACUCUCGCCUCAUACAGCAGCUUAGGGAGAAAGACGACGCCAACUUCAAGUUGAUGUCCGAGCGGAUCAAAGCCAACUCUCUCCACAAACUGCUCCGGGAAGAGAAGCAGUUACUGCAGGAACAGGUGCUAACUCGCGACCAACAGAUUGAGUCAAUGGGCGCGGUGGCACGUCGGCUAGAGGAGAAGGAACGCUUGCUGCAGGCGACACUGUCGGCCGUGGAGAAGGAAUUAUUGCUCCGCCAGCAAGCCAUGGAGAUGCACAAGAGAAAAGCCAUCGAGUCCGCACAGUCUGCCGCCGAUCUCAAACUGCAUUUAGAAAAGUACCACGCACAGAUGAAGGAGGCGCAACAAGUAGUGGCUGAGAAGACGAGCGCUUUAGAAGCCGAAGCUUAUAAAACAAAAAGACUACAUGAAGAGCUGGCUAUUCUACGGCGCAAGGCGGAACGGAUGAAGAAGAUGGAGCAAGCGGGCAGCAGUAUGGACGAAGUACUACUAGAGGAGAUCCGGGAGUACAAGGAGACACUCACCUGUCCCUCUUGCAAGGUGAAACGCAAGGACGCGGUACUGACGAAAUGUUUCCACGUUUUCUGCUGGGAUUGCUUGCGCACGCGGUACGAGACGCGGCAGCGCAAGUGCCCCAAAUGUAACGCGGCCUUCGGGGCCAACGACUACCACCGCCUCUACCUGUCCACGUAGGCAGGUCGGCCCGUCCCCAGCCAGUGUCGGCCUCCUCAGGUACACGUGCAAUUGUAACUAGCCAAAGGAGAUGCUCGGUCCAGGACCGAGUGCUAUUAUACGCUCACUUCUGUGAGUUCCAGUAGUUCGAGAUGAACCUCGUGUGGCCAGCGUUUGGUUGCCCAGCAGCGGAUCAGUCACCUUAUUAGAUAAAUGUUUUAUUAAUUCGAGAUCUCUGUAAAGUAGUAACGAAUGGAUUUGGAUCUAACACUUGCUACACUUUGCGUUGUUUAGAACGCCAUGGAUAUAGAUUGUAUGUUAGUAAAAAUCGUUUCAAUAUACUUAUCGGGUAUACGGUAGGUGGUAGUAGAUCAGCAAUUAUCAUGUUAUCAGAAAAUAUCGCGAAUACAGUAAAUGUAUAUUUAAUUGUUAGUGGACAGAAGAGUUACACAUGUGAUGUUGAUUGAAUAAAUAAUUGUAUAUUUACAUUUUAAAUUGCAAAAAUUCAACUAGAUUGCUAGAACUACUAAAUGAGAGUGUGUAUCUUUGUCUUAUAGCAGUGAACCCACAUCCCAGGUAGACAUAAGUAUUGAUAGAUGAUCUCAGGACUACCUGCAUUAACUGUAGCAAAGUAUAGCAAGUAUUAGACGGGAGCAGUAUUGAACAAAAUGAAUGUUCACAUUGAACAUGGGUUGUGAUGCACUGUGAGUGCGAGAGUAAGAUGCUUGUACACGCAACGGUCGCCAAUAUACAAGUCAGAAUAUGUAAUAAAGUCACUCAGUAUGUCACAAUUAUUAGCCGGAUCUAUAUGUUAAAAGACAUUAUGUGCAUACUACAAAUUAAAAGAUAUAUUUACUUUACUAUUUGACCGGCGACUGUUGCGUUUAUAACUUCCUAUGUAACGGCCUGUUAUUGUGGAUUUAUGUAUUCUCUCGGCGGAACGAGGCGGUUGAUGUGUAAAACAAAUGUAUAUAGUGAGAAAUAUCAAAAAAUUAUGUUUUAUUUUAGGUCAUGUACGCUCAUUGUCCACGCAAAGCGCUAAGAAACGGCGCAAAUUAAAAAAAAUGUCUACAAAAAUUGUCUGGUACGAUUUGUAGCAAUAGUUUCAUUUGAUUGUGUUUCUGUAUCUUCUUUUUCUCUUAACCUGCCCUUAACUAACUUGUGAUCAGUACUAAGUAUUAAACAAUACAUGUAACCACCCUUUUUGUUAAUAACGUGUUCAUGAUGAUACCACGUAGCUAUUUAUUAAUGUAGGUGCGUGACAAUGAGUUUAGCUAAAAAAUGCCUAAUGACCUAAUCAUAAGAAACUUGCAUGCGAAGAUUUCGCUAAACUACGUAGAUUCGCAUGUGAGUUUGUAUAUUUAGUCGAGUCCUUUAUCUGCCACGACCGCCUGCCGUUCUAGCUUCCAAUUUCUAGUUUGUGAAAAUUUAGAAUUUAUUGAGAUUGAAGGAUGAAGGAUUGAAGAGCUCAAUGAUGAUAUCCACACGUCAUUGGGCUAGAGAGGUGAGGACAAUCUGUACUGAGAUUUAUGUAUUGGUUCCUGUCGAUGGUCGAGCUAACUGAUACUGAUAUAGAUAAAUAAUAACAAUAAACAUAUAAUCGACAUCUACAGAACCACAACUCUACAGUCAAUACCUACCUAAACAGACGGAAGCUCUGUCUAUGACAUGUAAUUUAUAACAAACACAUAAAUAAAUAUAAAACUCGAUAGCAAUAUAUAAUGACGAAGCUUUUGAAAUAUUUAUAAUAUUACAACUUCAAAUGCACGUCAAUUAAAUGUUAAAUGUUCAUUCCUUGUCUAUAAUGUUAUUUUUGUAUUAAAAAUAGCUUUCCAUGUUGAAUAUGAAUUGCGUAAAUGUAAAAUAAGAAUAAAAAAUUGCAUUUCGCGCUCUUAUGUAUAUCGAAUACAUAAUUUUAUUGAUGGUGUAUAUUAAGGAUAAUAUCAUGAAUUCGAACAAGUGGAUAUAGUUUAUAUAUCUGUAUUUAGUAAUUAAUAAAUAUACUUAUUGUUAAACAAAUUAUUGAGGUUAGUGUGAAUGUGAUUGGUGAUAGCGCGCGAUGACUUAUUUGUACUGUAGUUAGGAAAAAAUAGAAUGUAGCUUACAGCCCACUGACUGAUAUAUUUGUAUAUUUUAAGUUUAACAUUUUGAUCGGGCUUGCUCUCCUGCUUCACACAGCCGUCAAAAGCCAAACAAAGUCAGCUUGAAACUGGUUUUUUAAAUGAACUAAGGAUACAUAAUUGUAUUAGGGAACUUCUAGGAUUUUUGUUUAGAAAAAGUAACAUUUUCAUUUAAGUUAACUAGAAAAUAUAUAAUCUAAUUGAAAUAUCUUUUACAUAUUGUGAGUGGAGUUAAAUGGAUAAUGUAAUGGGUUGAUUGUAAUAAAUAUUAAUUAACUGUUGUAAACUUUAAUCGCAGGGGAACAAUUUAUUUGACAGUAUUUAAUGAAUUAAUCAAUAGAGAAUCGCUUUUUUCUAUCUGUUAGUGUUUAUGUUAAGUUUCCACAACUAUGCAAUACGUUGGACAGUCGCAGAUUGCACGCGAUCUUUUCUAGUUCUGUUCCUUUUUAUAGUUAGCGACGUCUCUGUUAUACCAUUAGUAUUGGUUGUAAUGCUGUACUGUCUUUCAUAAUUAGCUCUUUCUAGAAAAUUGCUGUUGAUAUGUGGCCACUGUAGCACUGAAACAGUUGUUAAAUAUGUACUAUGUGUAUAUCUGACUGACCUACAACAGUUCGCGUACUAGUUGAAUUAUUCCUUCGAAUGUUACUUCAUUUUGUUACUCAUAACGUCACAGCUGAGGUCACUUUUAUAGGUGUGUAUAUUUAAAAAUCACGUGUUAGUAUCAUUUUUAUAUUAUACAUAACAUUAAUGUACAGUCUGACUGUAAUCUUCAAAAUCAGAUGCAAAAUUAUAUCGUCAUAAUACACUGUAAAGUUGGCUGUAAAGUAUUUAAUUAUUUAAUUUCGGUGGAACCUAUUUAAAUUGUAACAUUAAUGGACUACGAAUAAAUGUCUCAACAAAU